AUGUCGUCCUUCUCACACCUCGUCCGUUUCGAAAGCGAAGAAGAUGGCGCUGUUUACUUUGCCGAUCUGGGUCCCGAUGCGGAUGGACCGCCGUCGCCCGGCGCGAAGCUCAGCGGCGCCAAAACCAUAGAAGCUCUUGCACAAAAGUCCGAAGAAGACAUUGUUACUGUGCGCCGUCUUGACAUCCCAGCAUGCCCGCCCCUUUGGACGAAGCCGGCCGCGGCGCUUGCGAGCCCCGGAGAGGAAAUCCCCGUCAACGACUUCUGCGCCAAAAGUCUCCUGGACUACGAGGGCGAGCUCGUCUUCGUCACGUCAAAGGACGCCAAAAACGUGUCCGCCUCCGAGGCCAAGAACUACAUCCUAGGAUACACAAUCGGCAACGACCUCUCCUGCCGCAUGUACCAGCUCCCACGCUACUCGGCGGGCCAGUUCUUCUUCGCCAAGGCCUUCGAUAAGUUCGCGCCCAUCGGCCCGACGCUCAUCAGCCCCUCCAUCUUCGGGGACGGCUCCGCUUUCGACGUGGUGACCAGGGUCAACGGCGACGUGCGCCAGACGGCCGAGUUCUCCAAGGACCUGAUCUUCAGUCCGGAGAAGAUCCUCAGCCAUAUGAGUCAAGGAACCACGAUCCCGGCGGGCACGGCGGUCAUGACGGGCACCCCGGCGGGCGUCGGGGCGUUCCGCCAGCCCAAGAGCUUUCUGCAGGACGGCGACGUGGUCGAGGUGGAGAUGAAGAAGGUCGGCGUUCUGCGGAACAAGAUCAAAUUUGAGUGA